AUGGACGUGCAAUAUGUUUUGAUUGACUGGAGCAUUGGUGCAAGUGUUGAAGAACAGCCACUCUGGCACCUAAGCGUGCGCUCAUCAACAUUCCUUGCAAACUCGACGUCUCCUGCACACGCAAACAGGCAAGCAAGCAAACACCCAAACCCCUCCCCCUCGCUCUCGCGCACAAACUACCAUACCGUGCACAUGCUGCGUUACAAAGAGUCAUCAUACAUCAUAUCCUACUAUCUACUCCUACCAGCCUUGAUGUUCAAGUCCCCCAUCCUCAUUCCCACAACAUCCUAUCCUGCCCAAACCAAACCACUCAACCACACCACCAUGGCGACAUGA